GCUUCCACUAACAGAUCGCGUCUUUCUUGGAAAACAUCUAACAUCUAGGACAACUCGUUUUGAUUCAAGUUUGUUUUCGAAUUACCCUCGUUCAGGACUAAACCAAGAUGAAGCUCCUCAUUGUAACACUUUGCGUUCUUGCUGCACUUAUCCCUUCUGCUCUAUCCAUCAAGUGUUACGUCUGCAAUAACAAUGAUGGAAACUGUGUGACUGGGAAGAUGACGUGCCCAAACGUGCUCAUGACCAUGGACACUUGCGUGAAGACGAAAACUGGCAGUGCGAUUGCUAAGACCUGCUCUACAAGCUCAAUCUGCAGCACUCUCAAGAACGCUUGCAAGAACUCAGGAAAAUGUGAAGCCUAUUGCUGUGACAGUGACCUGUGUAACGGAGGUGUACCCUUGAAGCCUGUGACGUUCAUGUCUCUCCUCGCCAUGGCUCUCGCCGUUGCUAAGUACCUGAUGUAACCAUGACAACGGAAUAUCCAAAAAGGCAGAUCUUUGUCAAGCACUUUAACGUAGAUUUCAUUAAGUCGUGUCGAUAUUGGAAUAACACAUCGGGCAUGUAAUCACCACCUUUUUUUAUAUAAAAAUACAGGUAUGAAACAAAAAGCAAAUAG